GCUGAUAAAAAUCGUACCGUGCUGCGCGCGCUUAUCACUUCCGGUAUAUAUACCGUAUAUACAUACAGCUAGCUCUAGCCUCUAGCUCUCGCAUUUAUUGCUUGGAUUGGAUGAUCAUGGCGGAGGAAGCGGAGAAGCUGCAGCGUCAUCUGGACCUGUUGCGACAGGAGUAUGUGAAGCUGCAGAAUCGUCUAGCAGAGGUAGAACAGAAGUACAAUGUUGCCACUGCAGCUAACAGCGGUCGAGGGAAAGGGGAAGAAGGCAAUUUUGUGUCAAGACUCCUGCUCACUGUUGCUGACCUGUUUGAUAAGGAGCUAUACAGUGACCUGGUUGUCCGGUUGGCAGGUCAAGAGGUCAAAGCUCACAAGUUUGUCCUUGCAGCCCGAAGUGACCACUGGGGAGUGCCCAAUUUGGCUGAAGUACACAGUAUUGAUUUUACAGAUAUUGGUCAUGAGGUUGGUAUGGACUUGCUGAAGUGGGUUUAUACUGAUGUGAUCACAUUGAGACAAGAUGAUACAUUUGUUUUAGAUCUUCUUAGAGCAGCCAGUAGGUUCCAUUUAGAACCAUUGCAAGACAGAUGUGAGAAGACCCUGAUGUCUUCUGUCAAUGUUCGGAACUGCAUCCGUUACUACCAGGUUGCAGAGGACAUCGGUGCCAUGCAACUCAAAGGCUACUGCUCUGAACUCAUAUCAAGCCAUUGGAAUGAUUUCACUAGUGAGGACUUUGGCAACAUGGCUGCUCCUCUUCUGUACAAGAUGUUCAAGACCAAGGCCCCAUUCCCUCUUCAUACGGCUAUCAGGAAUAGGAGAGAGGAUAUUGUAUUUCUCUACCUUGUAGAAUAUGAUGCACAGUUACCAGGGAAACUAAAUGAGGUUGAUGACAGAGGUGAUCUUCCACUGGACUUGGCCUUGUCUUCCAAGCAAGAGAGUAUUGCCAGUGAACUGGUCAAGCACAAAGUGGACAUAGAUAGGGCAGAUCGUCAGGGUCAUUGUCUGCUGCACAAAGCAAUCAAAAGAGUGGAUGAAUUUUCUGCCAACUUCCUGAUCAAGUCUAAGGCCAAUGUAAAUGCUGCUACCCAGGGUGACAGAGAAACACCCCUUCACAUGGUAUCUGGUUUUAACCCCAUUGUGACUGACCCAGCUCAGCUGGAAGGUAUGGUUAGGGUAGCAGAACAGAUCAUACAGGGUGGAGCCAACCCCAAUGCACAGGAUAGCAAGGGAAACACACCCAUUCACAUUGCGAUUGGAAGCGGAAACACUGCUGUGUUUGAUAAACUCCUCACCCACAAAUCGAUCAAUUUUGAUCUAUUGAAUAAUGAUGGUGAUUCUGCUCUCUGGUGGGCUCUGGAUAAUACUGCCACUAAUACCAGUUACAAUGAUGACAGUCUAGCUGCCAAGCUCAUUAGAAGAGGAUGUAGUCCUGAUGCGAUCAACCCACAAACAGGUGAUACUCUGAUGCAUAGAGCAGCCAGGUCAGGGAAUGAAGAAGGAGCUCUUUUCUUAGCUACACAUGGUGCUUCGCCAAAUCUUGCCAAUUUCAAGGGAGAGACACCCCUCCAUGCUGCUGCCAGCUUUGGCCUGGCCCGGCUCUCUGAUCUCCUCCUCCAGAAGGGGGCCAACCCCAACACCCAGACUAGAGAUACCGGUAGUGACCUCCCAUCCCAGUUCAAUUCCAUUGGGUUUGGCUCUACCCCAUCAGAAACUAUGUCCUCCUCAGCAGGUUCCAACCCAUUCAUGGAUGAGGGAUCCUUUGGAAGUGGUGAUGGUGGUUUUGGAAAAGAAACAGGAAGAGGGGAUGGAGGAGGAAAUGGAGAGGAUAGUAGUCUCCUUGUGGCCUGCAAACAGACCCCACUUCACAUGGCAGUGGCAAACAGGCAUGCGGAAGUAGUUGGUGUCUUCAUGGAACAUAGAACCCAAGCCCUUCAAACUCAAGACGGUAUACAGAUCAUUCCAGACUUCAAUCUUCGUGACUCCAAUGAUCAGACUGUUCUUGGCCUGGCCCUGUGGACUGGUCUGCACAGCUUUGCAGCCCAACUCUUACAUGCUGGAGCCAACAUCAAUUACACUACUGGAGAAGGUCUAACAUUGCUUCAUCUUGCCAUUCAGAAGCAGGAUACAUCCAGUGCUUUAUUUCUCCUUGAGCACCAGGCUGAUAUCAAUAUCAAAACGAGAGAUGGUGAAAACCCUCUUCAGCUGGCAAUUAAGAGGCAUCUACCAGUGGUUGUUGAUGCUCUAUGUGUGAGAGGGGCAAACAUGAACACCCCUGAUGAGAAUGGAAACCCACCCCUUUGGGUAGCUUUAGAGAGUGGCCAGGAAGACAUUGCCUCAACUCUGGUACGACAUGGUUGUGAUACGACGGCUUGGGGUCCAGGUGAAGGAGGUAUGCAGCAGACAUUACUCCACAGAGCCAUUGAUGAAAACAGUCAAACAGUGGCAUGCUUUCUUAUUAGGAGUAUGUGUGAUGUGAACAGUCCUAGAAGACCAGGACCAAAUGGAGAAGGUCCAGAUGAGGCUUUUGAUGGUCAAGGACCACUUCACCAUGCCAGUGAAUGGGGUCUGGAACAAGUGGUCCAGUGCCUUAUUGAGCAUCAAGCAGAUAUAAAUGCCAAGGAUUCAGAAGGUAGGACACCUCUUCACAUAGCCAUUAGCAACCAACACCCGACUAUCAUCAGUCUCAUCAUGUCUCAUCCACUCCUGGAUUUGACACUAAGAGACAAGGGUGGUUUGACACCAUUUGCUGCUGCCCUCACCUUCAAGAAUAACAAAGCUGCACAGGCUAUACUUGAUAGAGAACCAAGAGCAGCGGAACAGCUUGACAACAAAGGCAGAAACUUUCUCCAUGUUGCUGUUGAGAAGUCAGACAUAGAGAGUGUUCUCUUUCUUAUCAGCGUAAGGGCAAAUGUCACUUCUCGUAUACAAGACUCAUCUCAACUCACUCCGCUUCACCUUGCAGUCCAAGCUGGUUCUGAGAUCAUUGUUCGGAACUUGUUAUUAGCCGGUGCUGGUGUGAUGGAUCUUAACAACCAUAAACAGAAUGCUCUUCAUAUGGCUGCAGCUAAAGACCAUUCAACAAUCUGUAGUAUCCUCAUUGAGAACGGCAUCAAUGUGGAUUCCAAAGAUGACAAUGGGAACAGUGCUCUCCACAUAGCAGUGCAAUAUGGAAACUUGAACAGUGCAAGAGUACUCCUUACUGAAUCAAGCAUUGAUGCUGAGGCAUUCAACAUGAGGGGUCAGACACCCAUGCAUUUACUUGGGCAGUACGGCAGGGAUAACGCUGCAGCUAUCUUUGACCUGUUCAGGGAAUGCAUGCCCCAGUAUCCUCUAGACAAGCAGGAUGCCGAGGGCAACACCGUCUUGUUGCUAGCCUACCAAAAGGGCAAUGGGGCUAUCUGCAGGGCGAUUGUUAGGGCAGGGGCUAGUCUGGGUAUCAUGAACAAACAAGGCGUGUCUAUCUUUAAUGCUCAGGUGGCUACCAAGCAACUUCUCUUCAGGCUCUUAGAUAUGUUAUCAAAGGAGCCAGCAUGGUCAGAAAGUGAGCUUUGUCAAGAAUGCCAGGUUAAAUUCAGCAUUAAGACAAGGAAACAUCACUGUCGACACUGUGGUAGAAUCCUAUGCAGCAAGUGUUCAUCAAAGAUGGUUCCCAUUGUCAAAUACGACCUCUCUCGUCCUGUAAGAGUCUGUAAUGUAUGCUUUGAUGUGCUUUCCCUGGGUGCCAUGUGAACUAUCCAUCGACUCCAUUCCUGAUCAGUGUAUGUCACGCUCCAGAGAUGCUUUCUAACACUUCAAUCCGAUGCCAACCCUGCCAUUCAGUUGAUCCAGAGUUCAAAGCUCACCCAUCAUCAGGUUGAGGAUGACAUUGUCAAUCAUCCGAUACGUGGCUGUUACCCCUCCUACUUCACAGACUGAUGGACAAACUAGGAUGUACUUUCUUCCUGGUGUCACUGAUCAACAUCCAGCCUUAUUCACGCUUCUCUAGGAGAGCAUAGUUCAUUAUCUGCUGAUGUGUAGUGGGUAAUCCACAGCAUUUGAUGAUGGGUCUUUCGAUGCUGCCGCAAAUCAUUAAUGGAACAAACUCCCGUAAGAUUCAACAAUAAUACCACUGCCAAUCUAUUCUCAAUGAUGUGAAGUUUAUCUGUUCAAAUAAUUUUUUGAUUUUAUAAUUGUUAUGCAUGUCUUCUAAAAGUUCAAAAUGGAUCAGCAUUUAUAAAAUAUCAUGAGCAAGGUCCUGGAUGCUCUGGCCAAGAAAUAACAUUGGCAGUGUAUCAAGGAUUCAGUGCCUUUGAUUAAACUAGAUGAGUAGAACAAAAAUAAUUGUUCCAAACAUACAAAACACUAGCCACUGAUUGAUUCUGGAAUUGACUGGAAAUGUAAACUUGUUGAAUUUGACUGAUAUACAUUAGAAUACUUGAUAAUUUAAUGACAGAUAGUAUUUUAUGGUUCAAUUUCACUGUGAUAUCAUCAAAUAACACUUUGGUAUAAAGGGUGCCAUAUUAUUCUAAAUAAUUCUAAGAUUGAUCAUUGUUAGAAUACACAGCUGAUAUUAAUUCCUACCCAACUGAUACUGCAUCAAUCACAGUCAAGAGUUAAGCUAUAUUGUCAGGUUUCAUCUAGAAACAGGAAUUGUCCAUCACCAACGGUGUAAAGAGUUCUAUGGAAUACAAACUUUAUGUAAUGCACUUUAUACAAUUAUAUCAAUAUUAAAAAGUAAUUUUCUCAUUCUUGGUAGCCAAAAAGGCUAAGGUGAAGAUUGUAUUUCACUGUAUUGAGUAAGUUUUAUCCACUGAUUUAACUUCUGUCAGUCCUUUCCAGAUCUUUUCACAACUCUGGAGUCAGAAGUAUUUAAUCAUUGUAAAUCAGAAUCUGAUGACUGGGUAAAAGCGCUUUGACAGUUUGUUCCAAUGUAUUAAGUUCUAUGUGAUAUUAUCUCAUGUUAUACUCUCUCCAUGAAAACUAAAGAUGAUACCCUAUUCACACUGUUUUAUUAUGUUAUGAAUCUAUUCCAUGCUUUGAUAUACCAAUUUUAUAGGCAAGUCCACUUUUCCUUAGGACUCAUGUCUAUAAGACAGCAUUAAUGGGGAAAAGAGUGAAUCUAUAAGGCCAAUGAGAAGGACAUUGAUCCAGUCAAUAUGGCAUGGCCUUUGAUGGCCUUGUUUUAACCCUUUAGCACCUGAACCGCCCGAGACCGCCCUUCCUAUUACACACUGAACCGCCCUUAACCGUCCGUACGUUUUCUUUGCGCUAUAGUAUCUCUUGUCUAUGAUUUACCGUGGUAAUAUUGCGUGUGCAUACUGUAUAGGUUGGCUGCUACAUAGAUCUGCAUAGAAAAGUGUAUGCUCCUAUUGAGUAUAAUAGAGAAAAACCGAUUGACAUGCAUCGGUGUGUAGCAAGUUCCAGACUGUUGCGCAGUCGAUCUCAGCAAAGAUGGCUGCGUCCAUGUCUCGGAAAACCACUUACUUCGCCGAAGAAGCUCGGGCCUUGCUAUAUGUUCAUCAAAACGUUGGAUAUCACACAGAGUGACAUCUAGAUGUGAGUUGGAAUUAAUUUUUGACAUAUUUGAUCCAAGAUUUGGCGAAAACUUUAGUAUUCUGUCAGUGAUACUUUACAUUUUUUUGAAGGCGUGGGACUGGGGCGGCUGAAAACCGAACUUUUUUUUUUUUUUUUCUUCUCGCUCUGCAAACGAUUGUCAAAGGUCAAUAUUCGUACAUCUGAUUGAACUUUGCCAUGUACCAUUCUAUUCAACAGGUCCUAUGCUACAAAAUAAAUAUAACUUGUAAUGAACAAAAGUAAAUUUAUAAAAAAAUAUUUCAAUUUGUUUGGAACAAUGCCUACUUAUUACCAGUUUUAUUGUUUCCUCCAGUGAGUAAUUGCCAUUAUGCAUAGGAAUCUGUAGGUGCUAGAGGGUUAAAGUGCUAAAAAGACAUUUAUCCAUCCUUGAGUAAUCUUUAAUACUGUUUUAGUUCUUGAAGCAUUUGAAUGAGGUGUGAGUUUUUGGUUAAAUCCUGCCAUCCCCCAACCUUUUUGGUUCAAAUUUGCAAUAUAUCAUGAUUUGUUAUGAAUGAUAUGAAGAGAUGAUAUUUCUUAGAUAGUAUCAACUCCCAGGGUAGUCAAAUUGAUUUCAUCACAGCAUUUGAUAUUGUUAGAAGUAUGUUGCUAUCAUUUUGUACUCUAUUUAUUUUAUAGUGAUAAUUGUUUUUGUAAUAUUUCCAAAGGUGGUUUCUUUUUUUUUUAUCUCAAAGCAUAUAUCAUGAUUAAAUUCAACAUUUAUAACAUGAUUAUAAAUUUUUUAUUCUUAUGUUUUUUAUUUUUUAUUCAAGAUUAUUUUAUUGGUCCAUGAAUGCAGGCAUACAAAGAAAGUUAGCUUUCAAAUAAUACACAAAGCUUUACAUGAACAAAAUAAAUAACAUUUAUGAUAACUGUCUUAAUACCUCCUCAAUCCAUCAGUAAGAUGUUUCGAUUCUUAUUCAAUCUUAAUUUGUAUUAUCUUAAUUUACAAUUGAUUUAUUUGUAUAUAGACAGUAUUUCAACAGUAAUCAUUUUUUUUGGUGGAGGCUGUCUUUACUGAUUAUUGCAUUAUCUUUGAUUUCUUUCUUUGAUACCUUGAAUCACUUUCAUUCCUUAUCUUUGGCAAGUAUUUGCUAUCUUGGUGAAAAAUCAUGUGGAAAAGCUUUAUAUAAUUUGAUAAUGGUGGGACUGAGCAACCGAACCGCAUCAUCUUGCCAUAUAAUGUGUUCUUCCCCUACCCACCUUUUAGAAAAUUUUAAUCAGGACUCGUAAUUUCAAAGCCAGAUGGUUUUUUUUUGCAUGGUAGAUAUUGUACAUGUAUGUGACUUGAACAGAAACCAGGAACGGGAUGAUAUUUCAUAAAGCUGUUCACAAGUAACAGACAACUGUACUCACAAGUAGUGUACCUUUCUUGGGUUAUAAUCAUCUUUUUUUUAUUCCAUAAGCCACAGUCAAAAUCUGGUCCUUCUCAUCAGGAAGCAGCUGAGGGGAAAAUUCUCAAUUUUUAAAAAUUUGAUAGGAAACACUCCCAUUAUGUUAAAACAAGGAUAACUUGGGAUAUCUCAUGUAGUACAAGAAAUAGUCACUAGACAUGUGUACAAUUAUGCAUAUCUUAUGAGCAGCUAUUUAAAACAGCCCCCAAAGUCAGGCAGAAAUUUAGUUUUAAUGCGUUUUCAUUUUACAAAUAGAUUUUUUUCUUUCUCUCAAGCUAAAUACAUAGAAAAACACUGAUCGUGCUGAGCCAAGCUAAGGCUGGUGAGCCUCCAUGCUAUUGAAUGCAUAGGUGUCUAAAUAUCACAGAGUCAUUUUGCUUUUUCAGGAAAUCACACUUGUAACUCACUUUUUUUGUAAGGCAUUAGAUGGUCUUUCAAACAAGGCACUUUUCAUAGUAUUGCUUGUUUAUUAUUCCAUGUUCAUUUGUAGGAUUUUGAUUAGACUUCAGGUGCAUCAGAUUGUUCAUCAGAAAAAUACACAUUUUAAGCAUGAACAACUCUCCAUCACAAUUAUUAGUUGAUGUUCAUAUUACCUUUAAAAGUUAUAUUACAACUCAAAGUAAUCAUAAUUUAAAGUAAUUAUCAUCUACCGGUAUGUUUAUCCUGAAAGAUCUAACACAAGCCAGUAAAUUACCUUAAUGCAAAUUAUAUCCUAACAUUACAUGUAUGUAAGGUUAAAUAUACUCUGUCAAAACAUGGAAGAAAGUAAUUAAUCUGAACUCUCAUGUGGCGUAGAACUUUGUUUGAGUAGAACAACCUAAAUUUUGGAACUCUGGCAUUCUUCACAAAACAUAGAGAACAAUCUUUUUUCAAGUGAGCCCAAUGCUUAGUGUCAUUUCUCUUGUGUACUUCAGACUCCAUUCAUUCUGUUGCUUUGUGUUUCAUUUUUUAUACAAUGAAUAUUCUGCAAGCACUUGAGUGUCCCUUCAUCAGCCUUACUCAAACAUUUUUUGCAUAUAUAGUAUGCAUUUUUGUAAAAUUAUCUAACUCAUCUCCUUUGAAAAAUCCAGUUAGUAGUAAUUAAGUAGCAAUAAAUUGCAUAGCAGUGGCAAAUGCUAAUCUAGCAUUUUUACAAGGGUACUCUAUGACAUACUAGUGCGAAACUAUGACACCAAAUAAAUACUGCUCUCUGCUUGAUUGGAAUUGGGAUUAGUAGUUCCAGUUGUGGAGAAUCUAAAAGUCAGAUACGGUAGUUAUGAUUGUGUUGGCGAUUCACAAAAUAAUUCUUUUCCUGCAUUUUAAAGAAAAAGUUAAAAUGGUGUUUGGUUUUGAUUGAGAUAGAUUAUCUAGUUGAUUUAAAGAUGAAAUUGUAUCUGUGCCAUGACCAUCAAGAUGAUCCUAUUACUCAGUGAUUUGAAAUAUUAAUGAUGUAAAAAGUUACAGAAGAUAUAUAUAUGUACAUUUAUAGAAACGUUCCAUGUCUUUUCUAAUAUCUAUGUAUUGUUUUAUAUAACUCUAGCAUGUAUUUGUUUACCCAAGUUCUGAUGAUUAAUGGAAGGUGAUUUGAGGUGACCAAUUUUUUAUUUAUUUCUGUUUAAGUUUAUAUGUGUCUGUAAUCCAUAUUAUUGGCAUAACUUGAAUAAAGUUCAAUGAGUAUUAUGCAUCCUAUGAUUGUAAAAUGUCACAAUUUGAAAUUAAGAGCUGAUUUGAUGCAUGAAAAGUUA